AAAUACUAGUCAAAACACACCAACUUAAGAUGUGACAUGCGUUGUAGCAACUUUACCACUUUAGCAUCCAAGAGAUACACGCGUACCCAAACAACAUUGCACUUUCACUAAUCAUACUUGGCAGAUUUUUAAUUGACCAACAGGUGUAUAAUAGUGUAAAAUACAGCAGCACUUGCGUAUUUAAUAAGCACCACUGGGCCGAUCGGAUUCAUUUUUGGCCUACAAACCAGUCCGCUAACAGGGUAGCAUUCGCGUUGGAGCCCGCGGUUAAGGUUUCUCAUAAUAAUAAACAUGUUAUUAAAAACAGAUCAACAGUCAAGCGAGUCCGCAUUGAAACUACGGAUAAUAACGUUCAACGGCUUACGGUCUAACGGCGACACAACUCGAGGCGUCAGUGCCGACAGUAACCGACCACUACACAGCUCACAUUCUUCUUCCAAAUCCUUAAAAUGCUCGCAAUUUUCACUCAGAGAGCAAGCGUUGGUGCUUUAGUUCCAAUAACCGAUAUUUUAUGAGUCAGAGAACACACUACAAAACUGGAUGCUAAAGGAUUUUAAGAAAGUAGCGGCUUCCCAGUCAAAACCGUCGGACACUCACCAUGUUGGUUCAGACGGAAAGGAAGAAGAAAAGGACUGUGGGAAAUAUAAUUACCGCGAUGACAUCAUUUGUACGCGACAGAACAAAUGAGGGAGGCUCGUGUUUAUUUGAAGAGAUGUUAAAAGAAUGUGUGCAGCUCACUGAAUCAAGUCUGACUGAAGAGCGCUGAGAUGGCCACACAGAGAGUCCUCCCGCAAAGCAAAGAAACUCUUCUGCAGAACUACAACAAGAGACUUAAAGAUGACAUCAGGUCAAUUCUAGACAAUUUUACGGAAAUAAUCAAAACAGCAAAGGUGGAAGAAGAGACUCAGGUUUCCAGAGCGACGCAAGCUGAGCAGGACCACUAUGAAAUGCACGUGCGAGCUGCCAACAUUGUACGCGCUGGAGAGUCUCUCAUGAAGCUUGUCUCAGACCUGAAGCAGUUCCUCAUCCUGAAUGACUUCCCCUCUGUCAACGAGGCCAUCAGUCUCCGCAACCAGCAGCUGCGCACGCUGCAGGAAGAGUGCGACAAGAAGCUCAUCUCCCUACGUGAUGAGAUUGCCAUUGACCUGUAUGAGCUUGAGGAAGAGUAUUACUCCUCCAGCUGUGGACAGUGGGAUGGUGUUGAGUUGCCACUUUGUGAGGCCUUUCAUCGGCAGGACAGUUGGGGGUCCCCUGAGAUGACCUCUGACCCCUCACGUGCCAACCCAGAGGAUUCAGACAACUUGGGGUUGCAGGAGUCCAUGCAGCGUCACCUCAACAGCCACGGCAGCAGCACUAGUGAGCAGUCAUGAAAUACUGGUAACUUCCUUCAUGGACCAGUUAGAUUACACAGCUAAGCAAUUUACCAUCAUAAUAAGCCCCAUCUUAAACCACCAGCUGCAGACUGCAAAUCUAAACAAUUACUUGAAUUGAUGAUGUGAUUUUGUCCUGCAAAUAUGAUACUGAAUUAAUGCUGAGAACUACUGUAGUUGGGUAACAUGCUACAGUGGUAUAAUGAAGUGUUUGCCUUUCUAUCUGUAUAUAGCUAAGUUUAAUGUCUCUGAGUGAUAUUACAACUAUGCUACA